GCCCAACGUGUCCGGUUUGGAUCGCAGUUGGAGAUGGCCUGAGGCCCCUCUCUUCCAUCCUGUCCGCUAGGCCUAGCGCGACCUUGACAGGUCGGCAGGCGGAGGGGGCAAGCCACCCAAUUUACAGAGGGUUGAGAACAACAGGGCGGCCUCUAACCCUAGAACCGGCAUCAGCGGCGGCGGCGACUAAAAUGGAGGAGGAGGAGGCCACGGGAGGGAUAGAGAUGGGGGAGAUGGAGACAUGCGCCGGCCACAAGAGGUUGCCGGCAGAGGGACAUCAGGAGACGGUGAACGAUCAAUCAAAGAGGCCGCGGGACAAUGACGACGAGGAAGAGCGAGAGAUGCUCGCGGAGCUUGCUGAGUGGCGAGACAAUUGGGCGGGCACAUGGUCCGACUACUAUGGCAGCGUCGACAAAAGGACUCAGGUAGGGCCUGUGCAGUUUACCAUGGGGCCAGUUCCGAGCUACCCUAGGCUUGAAAGCGCGCUGCAGAUAUUUUCCGUCAAGAUGGUCGAACUGAAGGGUACUAUGACGUGCUGGCCGAUAGAUGUGUAUGGCUUCAUCGCUGUGCGCGACUCCGUGGACCGUAACCGCAACUAUAUCUUUGAGCGUGCCAGGAGCAACUGUCAGACGCUCACGGAACAGGAUUCAUCUCUGGUCCUCAAUGGUCCAAGCCGUGCAGUCCAGUUGAUUGACCCUGUUUUAUUUGAGGUUGAGCUACGAGUCAAAGGGAUCAGGCCCUCUGAAGAUAAGCUGUUGAGUGGUGAAUUCUUCGAUUAUAACUGCAUCAUAGGGUACAGAGUCGGCUCUCUUCUGGAGGAGAUGGUGUCGGGUCCGCGCAGCACACUGCAAUUCAAGUAUGCACAUCUCCGUUUGGCAUUGGAGGCCCAAAUAAAUGUCUGGUUUGCAGAAGGAUCAACCGAUUUCAGUGUGAAGUUUGUCGCACGUACUGCCAGUAUUGAUGAGAAUGCCACUUUGCUGGAAUGUAAAGACGUUGCUACGGCUCUCUCCGAUGACGGGUCCAUUGAUCUCUCGCGCAAUGUUCUUGUCGUGGAAGGGAACAAUGGAGUGCUGAUCGUUGGCGCUCAGGUAAAGCAGCAGGGUGAUGACGAAGAGGCGGGCAGCAUCUACAGAGAGGUCAGCUUUACCGCGGCAACAUAUGGUGAGAGUCAUGGUACGUUGGAUGUUGGGUUUUGCAAGAUGAAUGUGGUGGUUGCUUGGUCGCUUCUGUUUUGAUUUAAGAGGUGAUGCAAGAUGAGCGUUUGCAUUCCUUGGUGAUGUAAGCUGUUGUCUACGGUGUGACAAUGAUGUAGUGAAGCUGGAUACGAGUAUCAAUAUUAGAUGUGGCUACCUUUGACUGUGUGUUAACAGUUGGUCUUAC